UCCUCUGCAGCGCUCCCCGCACCAACCUCGUUCGCGAUGGCAAACUACAAUGAAAUGGGCAUCGAUAUGGACCGUCGCAACGCCGAACCGCGUCCGUUGACGGAUCACGAGCGCGAGAGGUUGGAGGAGUUUCUGGAUUCCAUUCAUUACUCUUCACGAUAUAACGACUCUGAGUACGAGUACAGACACGUUCAACUGCCCAAAGCAAUGCUAAAAGCCAUUCCCAAAGAGUAUCAUGACAGCUCAAAGGGUACAUUGAAACUUCUGUGGGAAGAGGAGUGGCGUGGAAUGGGCAUUACUCAGAUAUCGGCGAAAAGCCGCCGUGAGAAGCUGCCUGGAAUUUCAGCUGACCUGAACAGACGCCCACUCAACUACCAGCCGCCGGCCCAGUGA